CGCGGCGGCCCGGGACGCUGGGAGGGGGGCCCGCGCCGUGAAGGAGGGAGGGGCCGCGCCGCCUUCGAGAGUCAUUGGAGGACGCGGCCUCUCGAAGCUGAUAAAUAAGGGGCCGGGCCGCGGCUGCCGGCCAAGUUGGACGCCGCAACCGGUGCGAGGGCCAGGUCAGCGCCGGCCCGACGACGCGAAGCGAGGCGACCCCCGUGCGGCCAUGGCCUCGCUGCUAGGAACUUACCCGUGGCCCGAGGGUCUCGAGUGCCCGGCCCUGGAAGCCGAGCUGUCGGACGGGCUGUCGCCGCCGGCCGCCCCCCGCCCGCCGGGGGACAAGGGCUCGGAGAGCCGUAUCCGGCGGCCCAUGAACGCCUUCAUGGUGUGGGCCAAGGACGAGAGGAAACGUCUGGCGGUGCAGAACCCGGACCUGCACAACGCCGAGCUCAGCAAGAUGCUGGGAAAGUCGUGGAAGGCGCUGACGCUGUCCCAGAAGCGGCCCUACGUGGACGAGGCGGAGCGGCUGCGACUCCAGCACAUGCAGGACUACCCCAACUACAAGUACCGGCCGCGCAGGAAGAAGCAGGCCAAGCGCCUGUGCAAGCGCGUGGACCCAGGCUUCCUGCUCAGCUCGCUCUCCCGCGACCAGAACUCCCUGCCCGAGAAGCGGGGCGGCGGCCGGGGGGCGCCGGGGGAGAAGGAGGACCGGGGUGAGUACUCCCCGGGCUCCGCGCUGCCCGGCCUGCGGGGCUGCUUCCACGACGGCCCAGCCGGCGGCGGCGGCGGCGGCGGCGGCGGCACCCCGGGCAGCGUGGACGCGUACCCCUACGGGCUGCCCACCCCGCCGGAGAUGUCACCCUUGGACGUGCUGGAGCCGGAGCAGACCUUCUUCUCCUCCCCAUGCCAGGAGGACCAUGCGCACUCCCGCCGCAUCCCCCACCUGCCCGGGCCCCCCUACUCCCCGGAGUACGCCCCCAACCCCCUCCACUGCAGCCACCCCCUGGGCUCCCUGGCCCUCGGUCAGUCCUCGGGCGUCUCCAUGAUGUCCACCGUGCCUGGCUGUCCCGCGUCUCCGGCCUAUUACUCCCAGGCCGCCUACCCGCCUCUCCACUCCAACCUGCACGCCCACCUGGGCCAGCUCUCCCCGCCUCCCGAGCAUCCCGGCUUCGACGCCCUGGAUCAGCUGAGCCAGGUGGAACUCCUGGGGGACAUGGAUCGCAAUGAAUUCGACCAGUACUUGAACACUCCCGGCCACCCAGACUCUGCCGCCGGGGCCCUCAGCGGGCAGGGCGCAGCGGUCUCCGAGGUGACACCGACGGGCCCCACAGAGACCAGCCUCAUUUCCGUGCUGGCUGACGCCACGGCCACGUACUACAACAGUUACAGCGUGUCCUAGAGCCCGGGCGGCCCGUCCGGCCCGGCCUCGCCGCCGCCGGGCCCUCCCGCGCCGAGCGCAGCGCCCCGGGGUGGGCGCGCACUUCCACCCGCCGCCCGCCGACCGGCUCUGCGGGUCCGGGGCCCCGCCCCCCGCCCCUGCCCCUCCGCCCCGCCCGCCUGCGGCCUGCGUUCGGAGUGUAUUCCUUCAAAGGAGUUUCCACUGGCUCCACCCUGGGAAUCAGGCGCGGUCGUUGCUGAGGACGCUAUUUCCCGGUAGAGUUUUCACUGACCUCUCCUCUCAGUCUUCAAUCCGGAAACAAAUUUGGGAAAGCCCAGCAACAUUCGCAUCCCUGCCGCUUCUGACACAGCCGCAGGGAUCCUGCCGUCCUGACCUUUGUUUGGUCUUCCAGGUGAGGGGAGCCCUGGGCUAAGAUUGGGGCACUGGCGGUCCAAUCCCAGUUCUGCCUCCGGGGGCUGGGGAGACCUGACUCCCCUCGCCUCCCCUUCCAGCCCAUCCCCCCCAUCUACGGAGUGAGGGACAGACUCCGUAUCUUAGGUACCCUCCACUCCAGGGUUUUCUGAUUUAGGAUUCUCUCCAAAGGAAGCUGAAGCUGGCCUCAGUGAACUCAUUCACGUGCAACCUGGUGAGGAUUCCGUGCACUGCCCAAGGACGCCAGGCUGCUGCCCUUGGUCACCAUCUUCCAAUAUGAAUGAUCCUAGUCUUCCAAAAGGACCCUUUAUGAGUUUGAGAAAAAACACUCAUCGUGAUUUGGGGAAUUAACGCCGGGGGUUAACUGCAUCACUGACAAUGAAAUUGAAUUCAAGCUGCUUUUUUAAAAGCAUACUUUUUUUUUUUAAGAUAAGUUCUUUGAUAGCUCAGUUGGUAAAGAAUCUGCCUGCAAUGCAGGAGACCCUGGUUUGAUUCCUGGGUCAGGAAGAUCUGCUGGAGAAGGGAUAGGCUACCCCCUCCAGUUUUUUGGGGCUUCCCUUGUGGCUCAGCUGGUAAAGAAUCCACCUGCAAUGCGGGAGACCUGGGUUCGAUCCCUGGGUUGGGAAGAUCCCCUGGAGAAGGGAAAGGCUACCCACUCCAGUUUCUGGCCUGGAGAAUUCCAUGGACUGUAUAAUCCAUGGGGUUGCAAAGAGUCAGACCUGACUGAGUGACUUUCACUUUCUUUUCACUUUCAUACAUUUCAAAACAAAAUACAUGCCUGAAUAUUUACAGUGUGUAUGAGACACACACAACACAUACACCUUCAUGCUCAGCCUGAAUCGGAUACAGUUUGCUGACCUUGGCAACUUCUUGUCAGCCUUCCGUUCCUAAUGAACCUAAGAGCAGGGAGUUGGAAAGAGUUUCAGCACCGUGGCAUCAGUGUCUUCCAAUCUGAUUGUGCUGAUUUCUUGAGCAAAAUUUCACCAUGCUCUCCCUUCUGCAGAUGCAAAAUGAUCUUCCUUUCCUGAAAUUUCUUUUUUCUCUUCUUUUCUGUUCUUUCUUCACCCCUGAAUUGGCUACUGAUUCAAAGAUCCCUUGACUUAAAAAUCCCAGGCAUGAUUCCUAUGGCAGAAAUGGGAAUUUGUUCUCCUCACCAGCCCUCUGGUUCUUCAGGUAACAUCUUCAGCCAACACAUCAAAGCAACUUCCCUUUAUUAUACUUACUUCCCAAAGAAUAGAAAUGCACUGUGAUUCAGAAAAUAUUUCUGAGCCCUGACCCCAUCCCAAAAACAUUUCUAUCCUUCCUCCAAGUCUCCGUUGAAGGAACAUACCUAUCAGACAUAAAAGACAGUUGUCUUAUGAUUUCAGCAUUUUAUUGCCUGUAUGAAAUAUGUAAGUGUUUUUAUAUAUUCUCCUAUUAUUUUCACCUUAUAUUUUGUAUUGUUGAAAGAUCCUUUUUUUUUUUCUUCCAAGGAAUUCUCUUGUAAAAUCACUUAUAAGAUAUGAUUAAUCUUUAUGCUAUUACUGUAUGUGACUUUUGGUAAUAAAUAGUAAACCAUGGACAAUAUGAUUGGUGCAGUCCAGAAUGUGUAUUAAUAAUCUUAUAAAACAGUAUCACAGACAUUAAGCUAAACUGUUCCAUUUUCUGUAGGAACUAUAUAUGCUUUGGAAUGGUUGUAGAUAUUGGUUUGCCUAAAAUAUUUAAUUUAAAUAAACAUUUUUGUACCACGA